UGUACAAGGAGAUGUACAAUCUCUAUUUGGUUGCGGGAAAUAUUUUUUAUUUUCUAAAUUAAGAAAUGAACGGAAAACUUUUUAUGUAUCCCGUGUUUCAGACUGUAUCAGUAGACACUUUCAGAAGAGGAUGCCUCCACUGACAGACCCGAGGAUCACAUGUUUGAUCAGGAUUGUGUUAUGUCAUUUUUCCGACAGCUUUACAAACUAGCAGGUAAACUUGGAAAAAUAAGCCGUGCCAGAAAGAUUCACCUUCAUCACGACAUUUGACCGAAAAGACUUGAAAACGUAUAUCCGAUCACUUUCAUUUAUGCUCAUUCGCCUGAAGACUAUUAGAUCUUUUAAUUUGCACUGUUUUUAAGUUGGUUUGGAUUAAAAAGCCAAAGGACCUGGUCGAGUUUGAGACUUUCCAUUGGAAGUAAUGCAGAAUAUAUAUGAUUUAUAAUCUAAAUGCUAAGACAGUUUCCUUAAUGCAAAUAAAUAACUGUAUUCUGUUCGCGUUUACGGCGACGAAAGCAACCUGAGGAGUUUAAACGAAGUUUGUGCGCGAGCUGAUAAACCAGCUGGAGCGCGAGCUCGUUGGUAUUAACUGAAUUAUUGGAUCAGAUCGACACGAUAUUCCUUUAAACAUUCAAUAAAAUGCGAUAAACAGAUAAAAUCCGACAGGCCACGGGAAAACAGUCCCAGGGAGUGAAAUUGGGUAGGGUGUUUAGGCGAGAGGCCUGCUGGUCGGGCUUUUGCCGGGGGAUAUUUCAGGCACAGGCCGCGUCAGGGCGCGUUCAGCCCGGCUGUGAGUGACGCGCCGACUCGGUGGUAGAGGACGAGCUAUGGAGAGGAUGGAGGUGGACCAGUGCGCAGGCGCAGGAGGAGCCCUCCGAAGGUCGAAUAGCGCCCCCAUGAUCAACGUCAGUCACAACAGUGAUGGAAUGACAGUAUUUAGCUCUAAUUAUUCGGCUCGGUAUCGUCGGAGCAGCGUGUCUGUAAAUCCAAGCCUUCCUUCACGGACCCUCCCUCUGUCCCCAUUCUCCCUGUCAUGUGAGAGAUCCGAACACAAGAGACAGAUAGAGAAUAUGGAGCUCACUCUGAGAGGGAGUUUACAGAGACUAAGUGCCUCUCCUUUUGUUCCCUUCCCUCCUGCAAGUCAUUGGCAUGACCAUCUGUCUCCAGGAUUCUAUUCCCAGGACAGCGGUGUAACUCCUAAUUCCUCACCCAGUCCAACUCGAAGGUUUCGUGGAGGAUCUGUGAGCUCUGGAGUGAGAUUGCCAUCAAUUGUACCUUUGAAAAGGAAAGGUGGAGUGGAAUCAGAUGGGCCGCCCAAAAAACUCUUUAUUGCUGGAGUCACAGACCCUGCUCACAUAACCAGUUACACAGUCAGUGUUUCACAGUCAGUGGUCUCUUCCUCUGGAGCUGAACCUGUAUGUUCAAACGCCCAGGCCAGCCCUCUCUCCCUCUCCCCUCCACCAGCUUUUACCUCUCACCACCCCAGCAUUUAGACAUCAGACACCUUCAUAUAUGAAGACCAGUUAUCGGUCUGAACUCGGUCCGGUUCUUUCCGAUGAUCUGUUCUCCUGCUUUUCAGUUUGUUGUUUUGAUAAUACUCUAUUCAGUUCAAUCACUUCUGAAGGAAAUUCAUCCAAGUCAUGUCAUUGAUUGAGAAGAAAUUAAGACGCAAUAUGACAAGCCAAAGGCAAGAGUGUUGGAAGCAUCAAAAAUGACAACAGAAGCUGAGUGCUGCAGGCUAUCGUAUGUAAAUUGUGAAUAAUUGUGUUCUGACAGAUUGGUGCCUAUGGACUAGUACCUUGUAUAUCUGAUAUAUUAUCUGCAAUAAUAGAUUGCAAUUGAGUGUUCAAGUGAUUACAACCUGAUGCAGUAAAUUAACUUCAGUGUACAGCCGAAGACAAAGACCAGUUGCGGCAAAACAUUUUUGUAUUUUGGUACAUCAUCAGCUUCCAUUGAUAGGGGUCCAAAGAUCUGGUUAAAAAUCCAGAUUCAGCAAAAAAAAAAUAAAAAACUUGAAUAAACAGAUAAUAGGGAAAAAGAGUGUUAAAUUCAGUGGGCUUUAGCAUCCACAUUUUUGUUAAUAUGUGAAUAGUGUAUACAUAUGUGAAUAAUCAAAUAUUAUUUUGGUAGGUGUUUGUCCUACAUUUCUCAUGUUUUUAUUCCAGGGGUCUGAUAUCUGUAAAUAUGUUUAUUUUUCCAUAUAGCUUUUAGUUUGGGCUGAACAUUUUUAAAGUUUGAAAUAUAUUUAAAUAUUUGGAAAUAAAACCAGAGCACUCAGGCAACUUCCGCAUUUCAAUUAGAUUAUUGUUCCGAUUAAUUAAAAUGAGUACUGUAAAUAGCAGACAUCUCGCACCGUGUCUACACUCCAAGUAAUUGAUGCAACAAAACUAAAAUGCAAUUGGAUGAAUCAGGAUAUGGGAUGCUAAUUUGCUCAAUAAUCAUGUAAAUAAUGUCACAGUGCAAAAAAAAAACAAAAAUCUCAAUGGUCCUAAAAGACUUCAUUUUCUAAAAGCAAAAUUAUUUCUUAUUGCUUUCUUUUGAUUUUGAGUGAAGUAUGUCUUGGACAUGUUCUUCACAGGUUUUGUGAGAUUCACCCAAUGCAAAUUUGUUAUAGACAAUGAAGACGUGUUCAUCUAUUAUAACGGGACCGUUUUAGUUUUGUCACGUCACGCUGCUUGCUCUUAGUGUAGAGACGAGGUGUCAGUUAUACGCUAAGCACUUUCAUUUUAAAUUCCAUGCCAAAAACUGACCUAAAAUGUCUAUAAUGAGAAUGUAACCGAUCUCACACAAGCUGCUUUAUUCAGUACCACCACAGUCAGUGUGAAAAUCAUUUGUCUUACUGUUUUUCCCGUAACAAAAUACUGCAUUUGCACAUCAAAACCCUCGAGACCCUUACCUGGUGAAUUAUGUACAAAAGACAAGGACUUUUGCAAGGGAUGGGAUAUUGUGUAAAUGGUUUAUACAAAUGUAAUAACACAAUAGGAAAUUUUUACAUUCAUACGAACACGGUUUUAGUGGAUAUCAUGUUUUCCUCUUAUUUGUACUUUUUGCACAGUGUUAGACCAUGUUAAUCAAUGCAAACAUGAGUGGGAUCAUAUUUACUAAUGUUGAAACAGAUCUUGUUUGUACAUUUUGUUUAAAUUGUUUUACUUGGGAAAUGUUUUGAUUUAGUCAGUGAGCCGUGUCUCAUUUAAAAGGGACAGUUCACCCAAAAAUGUUGUUCCAAUCCUGCAUGACUUUGUUUCUUCGAUGAAACACAAAAGGAGAUGUUAUGUAAAGGUGAUAGUGACUUACCUACUGCCUAACAUCAUCUUUUGUUUUCCACUGAAGCAAGAAAGUCAUAUGGGUUUGGAACAACAUGAGGGUGAGCAAAUGACGACAGUUUUCAAUUUGGGGUGAACUAGCCAUUUAAUGUGCACAGCAUAAGAUAGAUUUGACUGAUUUGUCACUGUCUUCUAGCUUUUUGUUUGAUCAACUUUUAGCUUCAAAGACACAGUUCUGGAUUAUGGCUUUAAUUCAGAUAUUUGAAAGCUGAAUGAAUUGUAUCAGGGUCAAAAGCACUGAGACACACAGAAAAUGAUAAUAAUGCAUUAUUUAAACAUGCCAUAUUGUCCUUGAGCAAACAAAACUGGAAGCCCUUCACAAACAUAUUAUUCGACAAGACAUUGCAUUAUUAAUGGCAUUACGCAAGUUAUGUUGAUUGUGGCUCUUGUUGUACGGUUGAAUAUGUGAAGUCUGGUUACAAAUAAUUACAGAUGUACCUGUACUUUAAUAUAGUAUAUGGUAUAUGUUAGCAUUCUUGUUUUCGCUAAGUUUUUAUCAUUUCUGACUGCUUUAGUUUUUAGAGCUGCAUACAUGUGAAGCUUUUCCUCUGUUUCUGUUGUUAAAGGGAUAGUACACGCAAGAAUGACAAUUCUGUCAUCAUUUACUCACUCUCGUGUUGUUCCAAACACAUGACAGCCUCUGUCACCAUUCAUUUUCAUUGUUUGAAAAAAAAUAUGCAGUGAAAGUGAAUGGUGACUGAGGUUGUCAUGGGUUUGAAACAACAUGAGAGUGAGUAAAUGAUGACAGAAUUGUCAUUUUUGGGUGAAAUAUCUCUUUAAAUAUCAGGAGGAAUAUGUUCUUCAAUACGAUGUCGUUGCCUUUCAUUUUCACGCAUUUAUUUUUAAAGUCACAGUAAUGUGAUGAAAAUGCCUUACCGAUCUUGAAUUGUUUUAUUUUUAAGUUUGAAUUCCAAAGUUACUUGCACUGGCUGCUAUUUGCAGUUUCAGUUGUUGAGGUCCUUGAGCUUUUCAGAGAUUGAUACCAAUGUUUAUGGGUCUUCAAAAGGAUUUAGAAUGUGCUAUAUGCAUUUAAUUGAAUACAAGUUGCUGGAAUUAGUAUUUGUCAUGUUCAUCAGGAUCAGUUCCAUUUAUCAAGAAUCUGAAUGAAUAACUUGGGGUGAGAUCAGAAUGAUCUGUGGUAUUCUGUCAAAUCAGUUUUAUUAUUAAUUUCCUUAUCGUCACCUUGUCAUUUCUUUUUCAAACCUGCCAUACACUUAUCUGUGAUAGGAUCAGUUAUAUCUGUGGGCAGGAGAUAUAAAUAGAUAGAUGGUCUUUAUUGUCCCAGAGGGAAAUUUGUCUGCCCCACAAACACAAAGCGAAAGAAAAAGAAUGAAGGCCUUGUUUCUUUUACAAAUGUUCUCUUUAAAGGAAGAGUGCCGUUACUAAGUGAUUUGUGAAGAAGUCUAACAGUCAGUGUAUGAGUUAAACUGUUUUCUGGAUUGAGGAUUGUAAGCGUACAGAAAAAAUUCUAAUGAAAUGCCAAAGGCAAUAGCUUUCUGCCUAUCAAAUGUUGUAAAUAUAGUCUAGAAGCCAGAAAACUAAAAUUGAAAGAUGGAUAUAUAUAUAUAUAUAUUUUUUUUGACAUGUUGGUAGCAAAAGUCAAUUUAUUCCCUCUGAAUCACACAAGAUGAAUAUCUAAUUAUCAGAGAAGAAAUGUCAUUCUUCAUCAAAUAUGUAUAUUAUACCAUAUAUAUUCUUUAUGAACAAGAUCAUAAUAAAAACUUGUUUAUUGAUUUUUA